CAUCAUUCUCAGGUAGGAUAUAUCUUCUCUCCAGUUUCUUUCAAUUGUUAUAAAUACAUACUAGUAGCAGUCACCUUUGAAUAAAAAAUAAUUGAUAAGAAAUUUGAAUUUGGAAUGAACCCUCAUGUGAGGAUCAAAUGCCUGAGACGAUUUUCUCUUUUGGUGUCAGGGGCAGGACAUAUGACAUGGGAUUUUCGUUCAUGUAUUUUCUCCUUGUCUGUAUAUUUCAAUGUUUCUUCGUACCCUUGGUGGCAUCUCAAGGCCAGCUUGCACCAGCUUUAUUCAUAUUUGGUGACUCCUUCUUUGAUAGUGGCAACAAUAACAACCGCAAAACACUUGCGAAAGCAAAUUAUCCGCCUUAUGGCAUAGAUUUCCCAAGUGGAGUCACGGGCAGAUUCUCAAACGGCCUUAUAAUUACCGAUUACUUCGCUCUCUCUCUUGGGUUGCAAAUAUCUCCUCCAUUCUUGGAAACCGGAGAGAGUGUGAUGAAAAACUUCUUAGAGGGUUUUAAUUAUGCAUCCGCUUCAGCUGGAAUCCUCCCUGAAACUGGAAGUGCUUUGGGAGGGAACUUAUGCAUGAAGAAACAGGUCAAGUUGUUCAGAAAGACAGUUCGAGAUUAUAUACCUCUACACUUUACAAGUUCAAAUGAGCUAUCAAACCACUUGUCAAAGUCCAUCUUUGCAAUUCUUAUAGGAGGCAAUGACUAUGCCAAUAAUUACCUCCAGCCUCAACAAUACAACAGUAGCAGCCUGUACAACCCCAAACAAUUUGGAGAGCUCCUUGUAAAGGAGCUGGGAAACCAUUUGAAGGAACUAUACUAUUUGGGUGCCAGGAAAUUUGUAGUGUUUGAGAUCGCCGCAAUUGGUUGUUUUCCAGCUAUACUGAACAAAGUUAAACCAAAAACUCGAUGCGUGGAGGAUACAAAUAAGUUGGUGUCCAUUUUCAACAAGAAGCUAGCAAAUGAGCUUAAUCUCCUAAGCACCAUACUUGAAGGUUCAACAUUCACAAAGGCAGAAUCAUAUAGAUUAACCUACGACAUGUUGAAGCAUCCUGCUCGUUAUGGACUGAAUGAAACAAGAAAUCCAUGUUGCAUGGUUGGAGACAAUGGAACUGGACCAUGCAUCCCAAAUAAAAGGCCUUGCCAAGACAGGGACUCCCAUCUCUUUUGGGACUCAUUUCACCCCACCCAAGCGGUACACAAGGCUAUUGGAAGCCAAUGUUUCAAUGCUACUGGCCUUUGCACUCCCUUCAAUAUUCUCCAACUCACUCAAAAGUCCUGACCAAGCUUUAGAUGCCCCACUUAAAUUAAGCCUAACUGAAUAACCAAUUACCUAGUGUUUUCUUUUUUCUUUUUUUUUUUUUUCAUACAUCAUAUGCCGGUUAUGCCAAACAUUCUAUGAGAAGUUCCCACUUGGGUUUCCAGAAAUUAAGCUUCUAAUGAAAUCCAAAUGAUCCCAUAUCCGGAAACAGAACAACUGACAUGAAUUCUUGACCAAAUUACCAGUUGAGCGAUAAAAAAGACUGUUACGAGCAGAAGUCCAGGACCUCUUUCUGUGAAAGUCGAGUUCCUAGAGCGAGUGGCAAAUAUUAAGGCCCGAGUUGAAGAUAAGCAGCAGAUGCCAACUUUUCUUUAAGAUCAUUUGCGAUGGUUUCGUUUUUCAUGUCAGUUGAUUACAUUGACACGUUUCUGCAAA